CUGACAGCAUUGCUUGACGUCUGUGAGGUUUGGUUGGAAUAAAAUUGUGUGAUUGGAAAAAUGGCUGCAUCGACGAAAUUGAGCAUUAUUGCUCGCAGCCUCAGCACUUCUGCCCCAGUGGCACAACUUGUGAAGCCUCCAGUGCAGGUAUUUGGAGUUGAAGGUAGAUAUGCCACUGCCCUCUAUUCUGCAGCAACAAAGUUGAAGCAGCUGGAGACUGUUGAGAAGGAUCUCAACCAGAUCCAGGCUGCUGUCCGGGGUAAUCCAAAGCUGAAGGAGAGUAUUGCCAGUCCAAUUGCUCAGAGGCGUGAUCUGGCGUCAGCUCUGAGGGAGACAGGGAAGCAGGCUAGGCUGGCUGAUGCCACAACCAAUCUGCUGGAGACUAUGGCUGAAAACGGACGUCUUAAGCGUCUGGAUGGCGUGAUCAAUGCUUUCAAGACGAUCAUGGCUGCCCAUCGAGGUGAAGUUGUGUGCGAGGUGAUCACCGCCAAGCCCUUGGAUGAUGCUCAGAGGAAGCAAUUGGAAAAUUCUCUGAAGGCUUUCCUGAAGCCCAAUGAGACGAUCCUGCUGACUUCCAAGGUGGAUCCUUCAAUCAUGGGUGGACUUAUUGUGUCCAUUGGUGAUAAGUAUGUGGACAUGAGCAUCUCCAAGAGGGUCAAUAAGUACACUGCUCUCAUCAGUCAGCCUUGCUAGAUUCUCUGGUGCACUCUGUAGUCUCCUCACAUGGCAAAAAUACCAUUCUCUAAAGCCAGAAAACAGUGUGAAGUGUACAUGAAAAUUUAUUGGUAAUAAAUGUAAUAAUAUUGAAAAACAAGAAGGAAAACUCAAAUUCCA